ACCAUCUCUUAAUUAAAUCAAUAUAACAAUAGUAUGGAUGAUUCUGAAUCUUGUGCAAGUGUUGGAAGCCAAGUGUAAUUAGCCUGUUAGGCUACAGUGUACAUAUCGACAUUAAUGUUGAUAUUGUAGUUAAUGUAGAGAAAACUAGCGUGUAAAUAUUAUAAAGCAGUUUGCUCUGUUUUAGAGACGUGUCGCUGUUAAUAUAGACGAACAGUUUCAUAUUUGCCAUGGCAUCUCGCAUCAUCUUCUUGGCUUUACUUACUCUGUCUCCGUGUUAUGGCUUGAGUGUUGGCACCAAGAAACUUUUACAAAACUUUGGAGAAAACCUAUUCAAGGAACUAAAUCAGUUUGAUGUAUUUCCUGAAGAAGACAGCCAAGAUAUAAAUGUGCGCCACAAUCUGGUAUCUCUUGUUAACAGUCGUCAUCGUAGGGCUUCCAGUGAUUCACGACCAAUCCAACAGGACAUAACUACCUCAAAAAAUACUCUAGUUUUAGAAAAUAUUAAACCUAAACUUCCAUCAAAUUCUGACUUAUCGGGGCAGAUUGAUGUUAUGGAGAACAAUGCUUUGACUGUGAAUGAAGUUAAAGAUACAGUUCAAGCUGAAAAAGUUGAUCCUCUUUCAACUAAUUACUUAAAAGACAAUGUUCAACAGAAUCUAGAAAGUCCUGUAAAGACUCAUCAGUAUGCUUCCGAGGAAAAAGAUCAGAAUGUUUAUAACAACUUUAAAAAAUUACCUGACCAAAACAAAUUGGCUGAUCUUCAGCAGCAGCAAUUAAGAGACCAACAAAAUUUAGUCUUUCAGCAAGUACCAAGCCAGAACAGUCUGGAUGUUAAUUUGCAGCAAAAACUUCUUCCACAGAACUCUGAAGGUGUUGCUUCUCAGCAUAAAGUAUCUGGUAAUCAAAUUGUUCAUCAGAAUACACCAGUGCAGAAUGGUUUUCAACCUGGCCCUCAGAAUGAAGUAUUAGACCAGAAGAACAUAAGACAACUGAAGCAGAAUAAGCUGGAAUCAGUUCCUCAACAAGGAGUUCCUCUUCAGAGCAAUGAAGUUACUGCUCCCCAACAAAAACUUUUGAACCAAAAUGAAGUAAAUAUUCUUAAUAAUCCUAAAAAUUCCCUCCAGAAAAAUGUUCCUGUUGUCCAGCAGCCAGGAAAUUCUGUUAUUCAACAAAAAGCAAUGAAUGUGGAUACCGUAACUGUUAGUCCACCAGAGAAGAAUGCAGUCAAUAAUGGUGAUAAUAUUGUUAAAAUUCCUGUAGAAGCUAUGAUUGAGCAAAAGGUUCCACUAAACCAGAACAUUGCAUCAGUUAAUAACAUUGCUCCUAAUUCAUCUAACCAGUUGAAUGUCAGUUUUCCACAUAUUUUAGUUGAAGGAAACAAAGAGGCAAAGGUCAAUAACGGCAAAGAUGUUGCUGAGCAAUCACCUUCAGGUUCCCUUCUUCGCGAUAGCUUAUUGAUUGAGAAUUCAAAACAAAACAAAUUAGAAAAACUAGCACACGAUAAUCUUGCUGAAGCUCAGCAGUUUCCUGAAGCAGGGAAUUCUAUCUUAAAGGAAAACAACAUUGGUCAGAAUGUUCCAGCCCAAGUUGAUUCUGACAGUAUUAGGCUGGUUGCUGUUUCAAAGAUCCUCUCUAAAUCUUACCUUUUUACUCGGCCUAUUUCACGUUUAGAACAUUAUCCACAAAACUCACAAGAAUUUUCUGACCAUAAAAAAGCAGAUGACAGUUGGUACUACAAUCAAGAUAUGGAAGGCAGCCUAGGCCAUGGUCUGACUGAAAAACAUGCAGGAAAACAAAUGCUGAUGAGUGCACACCACUUUGAUAUUUCAUUAGGAGCACUGGCUGGGGCCAAGAUGGCCGACAAUAAUUUCUGGGAGAAGAAUCCUCACCGUUUUUUCAACAAAAAGAAUGAAUCUUUCGAACCAUUAAGUAUGGUAAUGUUUUACAGUUGGAUAGCUUUGGCUACACUGGCAGUCCUUGGAGUACUCACACUGUUCCGGCACAGGCACCGGGUUACUGGCUAUGUAUAUGACUUUCACCUGAGACAUCGAGCUGGUCAUGUGGAGGAAGACAGACGCCUCUUGAAGAAUGCCUAUGCUUAGAAUUCAAGACUUUUUCUUUUUUUUUCGUAGUCAAACCUUAUUUCUCUGUCAGUCUUCUCUUUUCUUUCCUUCUUUUAUUCUUUUUUUUUUCCUUUCAGUAAUCCGUGCAUUUUAUUCUUUUAGCAGUCUUUUAUUUGUGAUGUCAUUAUUGACCGAUGAUGAUGAUGACGACGACGAUGAUGAUGAUGAUGAUGAUGACACUGUCUCUAGAGUGUUUAUGAAUCACUUAAACUUUCAUUUUCAUCUUUACUGUUUUGUUCAUAUGUCUGUGAUGUGAGUGUACACACACACAAGCACAUGCACACACAUUGGGAUCAGGAGAAAAAACACUCGAUUUUAGUAGAGUUUGUAUUUUUUAUUUGAAGCUGCUGAUUCAUUCUCUGUUGUGAUGGAGUGACUGAUCAGCUUUGACAGAAUACUCACGCACACACAUACACUCGCAUAUCUAUACCCACACAUACACAUCUAUAUACGUACAUGUAUAUAUGUAUGUGUAUAUAUGUAUGUGUAUGUAUAUAUAAAACAUGGAACAUUGACAUUCAUUAAUACAUAUAUAUAUAUGUAUUACAGAGAUGUACUUGCAUAGCAAGUGACCUGAUCUGAGAUCGUGUGCUGGAAUGAAAACAAUUGCAGCGUGGGAGGUAUUUAUAAGCCAUUUAAGAAACACACAGAAACCGUUAAAUUCACCUCAACAUUUAAAUUUAAUUUGCCAAAAUAUUUUCGUGGCUUUGAGACAGCAACCUGUUCACUACAAAAUUCCUUUGUCUGAACAGGUCGCGGUCGCAACGUGUUCACUACAAAAUUCCUUUGUCAGUGAACAGGUCGUGGUCUCAAAGCGACGAAAAUAUUUUGGCAAAUUAAAUUUAAAUGUUGAAGUGAAUCUAACGGUUUCUGUGUGUUUCUUAAAUGGCUUAUAAACACCUUCCAUACCGCAAUUGUUAUAUACAUAUAUAUAUAUACAUGCAUACAUAUGCACACAAUUAGUUUCAAGUUUUUCCUGUUUUCUAGUACUAUUAUCUCUGUUGAAUCCACUCAUAUACACACACAUAUAUACACACAGAGACACAACACACAAAAAUUAAUAAAAACUUUUUUCUUAUAAUUUUUUUUGUAAAUAUUUUGCUUCUUGUGAAAGGAAGGAAGCAAAGAAAGAAUUUUCUAACGAGAAAGUGAGUGAACCUCUUAAUAAUUGAAUGUCAACAAGUGUGAGACAACAAAGUGUGUAAAGGAAUUUUUACAUUGGCAGCAGAUGAUGAUGAUGAUGGUCCGCAAAAGUCUUCGUUUGGCAAUGUUGUGUAUAAUUGAAAUAGUUUGGCAUUAAUUUUUACUUAAAUGCAUAAAAGCCUUUUGAUUGCAUAUAGUUUUGAAAACGUUUGUAACUUGAAGUGUUAACAAUUACUGCAGAGUUGGUAACUCCCUCUUAUCUAAUGUCUUGUGCUAUUUAAUUAGGCUCGUUUGCAUUCUGAGUUCAAACCCUGUCAUGGUCACCUUUGUUGUCAUUACAGGAUUGAUAAAACAAAGUAGCUGUUUACUUACUGGGGUUGGCUUAAUCUUCAUCUCAGAGUUUUUUGUUAGGAAUAAUAAUAAAGAAGUGAUUUUAAAUCGCAGAAAAAUGCUAAUAAUAUAGCCUGGACAGGAUUAACUAUCCCUAUUUUGCAGAGAAAAGUGUAGGUGGCUAGCUGUGGACACGAACUCACAUCCCCGUGAUUAUAUGUCACGAUGCUUUUGAGAAUUUAAAAUCACUUUAACUUUCUAAAAGACAUCUCAACGCUUCUAAAAGCAAAUUUCAUUUGUUUAUUUACGUUUGUCGUAAUUUGAAUUUAAUAAUAAUAAUAGAUAAGUAGAUGCAUUAUAGUAGUGACUGAGAGGAAAAUGUACUUAGGACCAGUUGAAAUAUGUUUGAGGGAUAAUUUCACCCAUACAAAGGUUUCUCACUGCAGUUUGUCAUGGAGGAUGAUUGUCACUGUUGACAAACAAGGUGUAAAAAUACUGUAAUCAUUUCAGAUUUACUCCUAUAAGACUGGUGUAUACAUGUAUUUCAGAGCAGUUAUCUUCUCAUCAGCACCUCUAGAGUUGCCUCUCUUCGGUAUCUUGAGCUGAUAAGAAGAUAACUACUUUGAAACACAUGUACCGGUUCUGUAGGUGGGGCUCUGAAAUGACCAUGGUGUUCUUACUCCUUUUUUAAUCUCCAGCAAGAAAAUUUCUCCACCCCAAACUGCAUGAGUUCAAAUAUCUCCCAAACAAAUUUGAACUGGUAUAAAGUUUAAUGAUGAUGAUUAUUAUUAUUCUGGAUAAGGCAGUGAGCUGGCAGAAUUGUUAGCACACCAGGCAAAACACUUAGCUACAUUUCUCUCAACUCUUUAACAUUAUGAGUUCAAAUUCCACCAAAGGCGACUUUGCUUUUUAUCUUUUCAGAGUCAAUGAAAUAAGUACCAGUGGAGCACUGGGUCGAUGUAAUCACCUAUCCCCUCCCCCAAAUUUCAGGCCUUGUGCUUGUAGUAGAAAAGAUUAUUAUUAUUAUGGAUGGUGUAAUUAAUAGAGUUAUGAACUUACUUUGUAGAACAUAGUUAUCUCUCUUCUUAUGAAUUCAGUUUUUGUUAUCUAAUCUUCCUGGAUGGAGGUGGUGGAUAAUAACAAAAUAAGAAUUCAUUCAUACACAAUUACCUGACUAUUUUAGUCAAUCAACUAUAAUCCACUGCAGAAGAUUUGUAGCUUCAUGUCAAAAAUGAUAAGAUCAAGAUGAAUUUUCACUCAUUAUUAUUAUUUAAGGGGCGAGCUGGCAGAAUUGUUAGUUUGCUGGACGAAAUCCUUAGCUGUAUUUCACCUGUCGUUAUGUUCUGAGUUUAAAUUCUGCCAAGGUUGACUUUGUUUUCAACCUUUCGGGGUCGAUGAAAUAAGUACCAGUGCAACACUGGGUCGAUGUAAUCUACUAGUCCCCCGCCUAUCAAAUUUCAGACUUUCUGCCUUUAGUAGAAAGGAUUAUUAUUAAGGUGACGAGCUGGCAGAAUCAUUACCAUGCUAGUCAAAAUGCUUAGCAGCAUUUCUCUCACUCUGAAUUUUGAGUUCAAAUUCUGCCUAGAUCAAUGUUGCUUCUCAUCCUUUUAGGUUUGAUAAAAUAGAAUACUAGUCAAGCACUGGGAUCAACGUAAUCAACUUACCCCCUCCCUUUAAAAUUGCUGGUCUUGUACCAAAAUGUUAUUAUUGUUAGUGGUGAAUUUGAGAAUUGUUAGAACACCUUGACACAUCUCAAAACAAUUUUUUUUAAAACGUUAAUUUCCACCACAAUAUUAAUGUCCCAAUUCAGUGAAAUAUCUUUGCCAAAAUUUACUUAUACAUAAACAAAGUGGUAAAUGAUGUUUACCUUACAAACAGCGGAAUUGGCUGUUUUACUGAUUGAAGGACUUAGUCGAAAAGCUUACCCACCUCUAAAAUAAAUAGUUCAAAGUGGAAGAAGAAACUACAUUCAGUAAAUUGAAAUAAGUUUACUACAUAAUUUACUGCUUUACUCACUGGUGGUUCUAGUAAAUGUGUUAUUUUUAUUAUUUUUUCUUUUUUUAUCACACAGUCUAUUGUAUGAAUGAAAUAUUGAUGGCUAUUUAUUUUUUGGUGGCUUGCAAGGAAACGAUAUACUUUACUCAAAGAUAAUAUACAAACCUUAUUUUUCCUUAGAUUACAUAUGUGAAUUCAGUAAUAGAUAAAUUGAAUAAAUUCUCCUUUUUAUUUUGCUUCUCUGAACAAAUUACUAAAAAAAAAUCAUCUUGUUCUGAGGAUAGCACAAGACAAAUAGACAGAGAAACGCAGAUCUUAUAAUAUAGAUUCUGCAACUAUACUGACAUAUCAUUUUCCCCCCUCCAAAUAUGUAACUUAGUAGCUACAGAGUAGCUGUCUUAUGCUAUAUAUAUAUAUAUAUAUAUAUAUAUAUUGUAAAAGUAAUGUGAUUUCAAAAUGAAUAAUGCUUUAUUUGUCCCAAAGAAAGUAAAAAAACUGUGAUAACAUUUCUAUCUAAAUUCUAUAACAUUUUCAUGGAAUAUAUACAUGUAAAAAUUUGUGAACUGGAGUUUUGUUUUUAUAUGUACUCUUUACUUAUGAAUAUAACAUUUAAAAAAAAAACAAUUUUCUUAUUAAUUAUUCCUUUUAAUAUUGGUUUAAUGAAUUUUGAAAAGUAUUUUUAAUAUUCAUGCUUUCAUUUUCUUAACUCAGUUUUAUUAUUUGGGAAAAACUUUACAAUUUUCUCUCAGUAGUCGUUUUAAUACUGAUUGGAAGAUAAGCUGAAAUUAAAUUUAUGUAAUUCAACAUUUUGGUAAAUUUGUGGAUAUUUGAUUUUUUUUUUUUUUAAUUAUAUUUAAUAUUUUCCAUUACAUUCAGUAUUUUAUUAUUGUAAUAAUAAUAACAAUAAUAAGGAUGCAUGUGUGUAUAUUAGAAAUUAAAAAAAUCAUUUUAAUAUACUUUUGAAGCAUAAACAUUUAAACAGAGAAACAUUGUGAAAUAUAACCGUUGCUUGAUAUAAAAAUUUUUUAUUUCAUUUUAAUUAACAGAUGCUGGAGAUUCAAUUUAGAUUAUCAUUUAAUGAACCAAAUUCAACCCUUUAGCAUUUAAGCUGGCCAUAUCCAGCCAAAAUAUUCUGUUUUAUGUACAAACUUGCCAAUUCUGACCUCUGACACCUACCCUACAAUGUCAUUCUACGAAUAUACAGUCACAUCAUUGAAAUCUCGAAGAUACAAAAUAAUACAUGAUUAAUUCAAAACAAUGCGAAUAAUUAAUAAGAGUUACAUUUGAAAAAGUAAUUUGCAUGAAACAUCUGCUGGGUUUUCCAGAGAUUGGGAGAGGACAAUGAGAACCUAUCUCUGGAAAACCCAGCAGAUGUCCUCUCCCAACCUUUAAAAAGGUCAGGUCAGAUAUCAUUUUCAUCUCUAUACUACAUACACACUCAUGCAGUGCUUGUGUAUUGAAAUAGUUUAUAAAUCUCAUUGUUGGUACUUAAUUUCUUAUGUGUGUCUGUUCAAACGGCAGCAAACUUAAUGGAAUUUGUCAGUUCAUCGCUUUGCCACCUGAUCUAUCGCAUAUAGUGAAAAACUCUUAGAAAACUGAAUUUUCAGCCUUUUCUCAUGCAUGUAGAGUUGCCUGUGCAAAUGGAAGAAAAUUGAAGUAAGGGAAGUAACUCGGAAUGGCCAUUGGCUUGUAGCGGAGAGAUAAUGACUAAGGAAACAUUGAAUAUACAAAGUCAAUUUUUAUAUUUAUUGAAAUUAUGUCCUCUUCAAGAACAGCUAGAACAAUCACUUGGUGGCAAAUGUAGGUAGAAUCAAAAUUUCUCUAAAACUGACCUACCAUUAAAGAAAAUCAGUUUGAUUGUGUGGAGAUGACAACUGUAAACAAUUUUUUUCUAACUUAGGUGUCACCAACACAUAUAUAUAUACACACACACAUAUAUAACUACACAUAUGUGUAAACACCUGUGUGUGUGUAUAUAUAUAUAUAUAUAUAAAGAAAAAAAUGGGAUUAAAAAAUCCUGGCAGAUAUCAAUUAAGUGCUCAGUAUAAAAUGAUGUGGUUAAAAUUUCCAACAAUCAAAUACUAGUAAAUUUAAGAUUACGAAUCCCAGGUAACUCCAACAAUUGUUUCAAUUUCUCUCUCUCUCACACGCACACGCACACACACACACACACACACUAAAUAACCUCUUAAGAUCUAUUAAAUAUCCAAAGAAUUUACUGAUUUUUCAUGAAAUAUUUAAAAAGCUAUGUCAAUCUGAUGAAACCAUAUUAAUUUUAAAAGGAAUUUUAUUAUUCCUGAAAAAUUUGGUUUUAUUAAUGAAGUGGAAGCAGCUGUAGUUUAUGAGAUGUGUCAUUUGCUUGUAUUUAAUGAUUAAAUUAUUUAAUUGUUCAA